UUACUCCCAAUAAUUUCCCGUUUUGGUCAUUUCCCGGCUCACUCGGGUGGGAGCCUCUACAAGCAGCAUCACAUCCGUGCCGGGCUGUGCUGCACUGCAGCGCGGGGUGAGGAGCGCGGGAUGCAGGGAGCGGAGAUCUGCUGGGCAGGAAGGAUGAGAAGCCAACAAAAUCAGGCUGUGCUGAUGGCAAGGAACCAAACGUCCCUCUGCGCCCUGACCUUCAUUGUGUGGGGAAGGAGGGAGAGCUGCCACUGAGAAAACGUGAUAAGGAUGGCCAGCAGGAUGGGCAGCCGGCGGCGCGGUUUUGUGCUGCGUGUGCAUGCAGUCGGCUGGCGAUCGCGUGCGGCGAGCUUGGCUGCGCUCAGCAGAGCGAUCAGACUUAACUAUUUAUGGAGUCACUUUGGAAAAUGUAGCACAUCAAUGGGAGAGAGCGGAGGCUGCUUUGGAGUGCCUGGAUUUUUGGUGCUUGGCUUGCAAAUGCAUCCUGACCUCCUGGAGGUCUUUGGGGCUCUAAAAGGGCACCUGAAGCUGCUGAGAGUGGAAACGGCUGCCAGGUGCUUGGCUAAUGCAAUGGAGAGCAUAGGUGGGUCCUGCCUUCCAUAUUCAUGGAAUUGGGAAUGGGCCACAGCUGGUCCCAGCCAUUUCUGUGACAUCCCAACACCCGGGCAUGGGCACCUCUCCUUUGUGUCCAGGCUAAUGGAAACCACAGCUGCCCUGCCUGCACAGAGCAGGGAACACAGUUUCAGCAGAAAAAACAACGUGCAGGAGUUAAAAACAAUCCCUGCUGCCACUUCUUCCCUCAUCACAGGAUACCGAGAGCAAAAACCCAGCUGCUCGGGUGAAGGAGCAUUCCCAAAGCUUCGCCAGCAAGCGAAGACAUCUGAAACGGAGACAGAGAGCAAAGCGACGAGGAGCACAUCAAAGACAAGAGCUCCAUCUCCACCUCUCGCCCUGCUCAACCCCACGGACACGUGGCUGUGUGCAGCACGAGGGGGUGAAGGAGCUGCCCACCGUGCACCUGGUGCAGGUGCUGGGCUGAGAGCAGAGGGAGCUGCCCCGACACGGGGUGAUUCAGAUCCAAACCACGCAGAGCCCACUGCACUCCACCAGAGCUCUCGACUCGCUGCUUCGCCCGCGCUUGCAUGCUGUGCUGGGGCUGAUAGGGAGCCGGCACAGAGCCACGGGUGAUCCCUCACCGUGAUCCGGAGUGUGGGAAAAACACAAUCGCUGCAAACAAUCAGAGGCAAAGCCAGCAGCAGCACGCAGAGAGGAAUUCGGAGGCGCAUUCCAGCAGGGAUGACAGAGAAGGGGCUGGGAGCUCAAAAAAGAAACGUGCUGCGAUCCGUUUUGUUUUGCUUUUUUUCCCCCCCCUCUCUGCAGCACCAUCACACCCUGCUCAGCUUUCGAGUAAAGCUGCUGCAUGCUGCAGAGUGGCACAGCAGGCAGCCGGAGCGUUCUGUGUCUCCAGCAGAGCAAUGGAAGAGCACCUCUCUGCACCUUCCAGGCCUACAGAGAGCAGCUCUGGGCAUGUGGACUGCAGGCAGGACUGCUGGCAAUGGGAGAUGUGGUGGCCGGUGUCACCGCUACUCAAGGCAGCAGAUCCCCUGCACAAAGCAUGCUGCCUUCCCAGCUCCUCCUGACCCACUUUCCACAUGGCACAAUUAAAGCAAAGCAAAACAGAGCAGGAGGAGGGGACUCUGCAGGGCUGGCACAGGCGUUGUGUGGGGACCAGCACAGGCCAACACACAGGGCAAAGAGCAUGGAAGUUCCAGGGAGCACAACCACAACUUGGGCACAAAUUUACAGCCUCCUCCUCAGUGCCCACCUCCCUGCCACCUGCCCUCUUCUCACAGCGGUGCCUGAUGGGCAGAGGGUCCUUCAGUGGCACAAGUAAGGGAUAAUUGUGCGAGGUGCAGGGUGCCUGGUGCUGUAUUUCACUCAUUGCUUCAGGCAGAGCAGCCAUCCGGGAGCUAAAAGCAUUCAAUUGCUCACUGAUGCUUUUCUUUGAAGCCCGCAUUCAUCCUCCAAGGUCUGUAUUGAUUGGGGACUCCAGGAAAGCAUCUGCCCUUCUCUGCCUUCAUCAAUGACUUUCCCACAUUAAUCCACCUCUUCCCUUGAUAACCACACUAAUUACUCUCAGCUAAGUUGACUCUGGCAGAUCACAGGAGGAUGAGAAGAGCAACCUGCUCUGCAGCCGGGCUGUGCCUUAAAGCUGCAGAUUCCUGCCCUGGAGUGGCCCAUUGCCCCAGAGAGAACUGGUUGCACUGGGAGUGUGAGCACUGUGCCAUGGGGCCGGCAGUGGGGCAGCACUAAAAUCCACCAGGGCCACGCUGGGGAUGCAUGCAGCUGAGCGAGGGGGUUUGCUUUUCACCUGGGGAGCUUCUGUGCUCCAAGGGAAACACCAAUGGUUUCACAUGGAUGGGGACAGCAGACCCUGGCCCACUGGGUGCACAUCCACACCCCCUGCAUCCAACAGGUGCUAUGAAUGAAGGGCUUCCCGUUGUGCUGCAGGGUGUUUUAGAUCACCCUGCAGGUUCACACCCUCCAGCCUGGGGUGGUCUAGGAAUGAAAUAAGUUACCCUUCACUUCUUCCCCUGGGUUUCCUUGAAGGGGGAACAAGAUGUGCAGAUCUCUGAGCUCUUCCAUUCUCAACCACAGCAAGAUGGCAUCAAGAACAGAAGCAGCCCUGCAGGGAUGGACUGUGCAACGGGAAGGAAGGCUGGGUGGGAUGGGGGGGAGGUGGAGAUGGUGACAAUUAGGCACACUCAGAUGUCCUAUUGCUUUCCACAUCUCAACCUGUGCACCCAGAAUAGGAGUGGUCAGAAACACGACAAAAUGAUGUGGCUAAUGGGUGUGAAACCCUGAGAAAUUCUACUCCUGUCCCGUACCUGCUGCCUUCACUUGGAAAGAUGCAGUAAAUUUAAAAGUAUGUCAAUCUA